AUGAGUUUUCCCUAAAAAAAAAUAAGAAUUCUUUCUGAAGUCACUACAAUUAGUCGGAAUUAAGAUCCAUAUCAAAUUUAAUCAAGCCAAAAAUAAAAUGACUAAGGCUUUCCAUAAUAGAAAAUAAUUAGAAACAGCUCAAAUUACGAAUAAGGAAAUCGAUUAACUUUACGCCCUCACAAUUAAAUUUUAUCUAAAGAGUUUGGAUUAUAACCGCCAUAGCAUAUUUAACCAAAUCGUCUUAGUUCAUCAAUGAUGGAUAAAAGUUAAUAAAAUACUGCCCAACGAAAUGCCAGCAUAAGGAUUAUAUCUGGCCCAAAUCCUCAAAAGAAUAUUAAAUUUAAAGUUAUUAACUAAGAGGACAAGUAAAAAAUGGCUAUUUUAAUGAGUCCUAAUGAAUAUCAAUUAAAGUAAUCUUCAUAAAAGCAUUAAGAAAAUCAUAGGUAAAUAUAUAUGCCACAAAUGGAUGCAAUUUUGCAAAAAAGAGCCCAGGAACCAAGCAAUUAAUCAAACCCUAAUCUUGAAUAAUUCUAAAAUUAGUAAUAUUUUUAGUAAUAAUACUUAUUAUAGUAAUAAUAACAAUAAUACUAUUAAUAAUCAUAAUAAUAACAAUAAUAAUAGUCAUAAUCGUAAUAAUAACAAUAAUCCUAGUAGUAAUCGUACUAAUAAUCAAAGUAACAAUAGAAAUAAUAAUAAUAAACCUAAUAAGUAGUAUAAUAAUCAUAGAAGAAAUUAAUAUCAUAAAAAUAGUAAUAGUAAUAGGAAUAAUAAUAAUAAUAAUAAAAAUUUUUAGCAGUGAAUAAUAGUAAAAAUAAUAAUAAUAUUAAAAAUCUGAUUAAGAAGAAGAACAAAAUCUAACAAACACUGUGCUUCAGACUGCUUAGGUGA